CUUCACACAACGUCCUGACCAACGCUCUCCGAGUUUUUUGAAUUACAAAGCGCCACCGCCCCGCAUCGACCUUGUCCUUCUCAACUCUCCUAACCUACACACCUCUCGCACAAACCUACCUGCACCACCUGAACAACAUACCACACAAAAUGUCUACCCACACCUACAAGUUCAACAUCGGCAUGUCCUGCGGCGGCUGCUCCGGCGCCGUCUGAGCGCGUCCUCAAGAAACUCGAUGGCGUCGAGUCGUACAACGUGUCCCUCGAAACGCAAACCGCCGAGAUCGUCGCCGCAGAAUCUCUCGACUACGAGACGGUGCUGGAGAAGAUCAAGAAGACGGGCAAGACGGUGAAGAGUGGGGAGGCGGAUGGGAAGGAGAUGGCUAUUUAGAGCGCCAUGAGGGUCGGGGUACGAUGAACUUGCGCGCAUUUUUAUUGGGGAGGGAGCAUAUGGAUACCACAAAGCAUGAACGUUUAUUCC